GAUCUCCUAGCGAUUGCUUCUGUCUGUUGUUUAGGUAUGGCGCGGGCGAGGAAACCGAGAGACGGCUGGAACCGGGAUCGGGACCAGAGUUUCGCUCUUUGCUGAGCGGCACCCAGGGCCUAGUGGGCUAUGGGGGAGCCUGCUUCCUUGGUCACUGAAGACCACGCCGGUGGCCGGAGCUGGUGCUUGAGRCGGGUGGGGAUGAACGCCGAGUGGCUGCUGCUGGAGGACGGACGCGAGGUGACUAUAGGCCGAGGAUUUGGUGUCACAUACCAACUGGUAUCAAAAAUUUGCCCUCUGAUGAUUUCUCGCAACCACUGUGUUUUGAAGCAGAAUCCUGAGGGUCAGUGGACAAUUAUGGACAACAAGAGUCUGAAUGGUGUUUGGUUGAACAGAGAGCGCCUGGAACCAUUAAAGCUUUAUUUCAUCCAUAAGGGAGACCACAUCCAGCUUGGGGUGCCUCUGGAAAAUAAGGAGAAUGCAGAGUAUGAAUAUGAAGUUACUGAAGAAGAAUGGGAGAAAAUUUAUCCCUAUCUGUCCCCAAAGAGUGACCGGAUGAAUGAAAAAAAUAAGGACUUGAGAACUAAAAGGAAAUUUAGUUUAGAUGAAUUGGAGGGUCUUGCAGCUGAAGGCCCCUCAAAUUUGAAAUCCAAAAUAAGUAAAGUGUCAUGUGAACCUGGUGAGCCACUGAAGUCAAACGGGAAAGGUGAACCCUCUGAAUAUUUGGAUCCUAAGUUGACUUCUCUUGAAGCACAUGAGAAGACCCCAGGGGCUAGUAUUUGCCCUGGCCCUCCCAARGUCAUGGAGCUUCAUCAAAARAAGCAGAAAGCCUCAAAUCCUUCAGCAUCUCAGAGCAGCUUAGAGCUGUUUAAGGUGASCAUGUCCAGGAUUCUGAAGCURAAAACRCAGAUGCAGGAAAAACAAGUUGCUGUUCUGAAUGUGAAAAGGCAAACCCAAAAGGGGAGCUCAAAGAAAAUCAUGAAAAURGAGCAGGAACUGCAGGACUUACAAUCCCAGCUGUAUGCGGAGCAGGCUCAGCAGCAGGCAAGAGUAGAGCAACUAGAAAAGACUUUCCAGGAAGAGGAGCAGCAUCUCCAGGGUUUGGAUAAAGACCAAGGAGAAGAAGAUCUCAAGCAACAGCUGGCCCAGGCUCUGCAGGAGCAUCGAACUCUAAUGGAAGAGUUAAAUCGCAGUAAGAAGGAUUUUGAAACAAUCAUUCAAGCUAAGAACAAAGAAUUGGAGCAGACCAAGGAAGAAAAGGAGAAGGUGCAAGCACAGAAGGAGGAAGUGCUUAGCCACAUGAAUGACGUGCUAGAGAAUGAGCUCCAGUGUAUUAUUUGUUCAGAAUACUUCGUCGAGGCGGUCACCUUGAACUGUGCCCACAGUUUCUGCUCCUACUGUAUCAAUGAAUGGAUGAAGCGGAAGAUAGAAUGCCCCAUUUGUCGGAAGGACAUUGAGUCCAAAACCCAUUCCCUGGUUCUGGACAAUUGCAUUAAUAAGAUGGUGGAUAAUCUGAGCUCAGAAGUGAAAGAACGACGAAUUGUCCUCAUUAGGGAACGAAAAGCAAAGAGAUUGUCCUGAAGACCAGCGUGAAGGACAUUUGAAAGACUCCAAGGCGAUGGGAGCUCRGGAUGUUCUUGAGGAAUGUCUCUGGGUGUGACUCGG